GCUCGUUAGAACUCGGUGACCAGACUGACGGAAACAAAGACAGAACUCACUGCAGUCGUCGCAAAAAAUUUUCCGAAGAAUCUAUAUACACUGGGGAGUGACGAUGCUGCUAGCUGGUGUUUGUGCGCAAUGACGGUGGUCCGUGUGUGUUGGUGGUGACCACGACGCCGACAAGGGCAGCCGGGAGGCGCGUGUGGGUGAUGGGGGUGUGGUCACGCCUCGCCUUUCGUGUGUAUUAUUCGUGGGAGCGACAGAGACGGGCGGCAUACCUGCCGCCCUUCUUCCUCCAGGCCGCCCACUCUAGUGGUCGACAUCAACGCCGGACUCGGACAGCAGGAAGUCGCCUAACUCUCCUUGGCGUGACGCUGCUUCUACUGCUCCUGCUGCCGUGGGCAGCGUGGGUGAGAGUACAGCAACAGGCCGCCCACUUGAUGGGUGUGGCGGGCGCACCCGCACCAUCCGUACAGGCGAGGGCGGCGUGGGAGCGGGUGGAGGAGCUGGGCCUCCUGCUGGUGGGUGUGGCUGGCACCCUCACAGCGGCCGUGUUGGCCUCGUGUGGGUGUCUGGCUGUGAUGGCAGACCAUCAACUUCAAGGUGUGGCAGGUGUGGCGGCACACGAGGGCAGCAGCAGCAGCAAAUAUCUGUCAUUCGUUCGGCGUGUGAUGAUGAGGACCAAGCGACAUAUCCUGGGGUUCGAAACCCUCUACAUGAAGAUGAAAAAUCUGUCCAUCUUGCUCAACCAGCUUGUAUUCUUCGGUAUGUGUGAGAGGCUUCUGCUGAGGGACGAGCGCCUCUCCAGCUUGUACACUCUCAUGUUCUUCAACGUCCUGGCCUACUCCGUCUCCUAUGUUAAGGAACUGAUUCAGCGAGAGGACUGGUCUAUGUACGUGAACAUCGCGAGAACGUCUAACGUGCGCCACCUCGCCCUCUCCUCUACUAAGAUCGUCCUCGAGUGGACUAAGGCCAUCACCUUCAUCAUCACCAUCGUCUUCAUGCUCCUGGUCUUCGGCCUGGAGAAGGGUCUCAAGAACUACCACCCUACCACCGGCUACCUCCUCAUCACCGGCGUCUACUUCAUCUCCACCGAGAAAGUCUUCAUGGACAUGUUCACCUCCUGGCUCGACUACAGGAAGUUUGAGUACUUCGAGAGCAUGGAGAGCUUCUACUGUCCGGCAAUUCUUAUAUCUUUCCAUAUCAUCUUAUCAUCCGUCAUCACGUUCCUCUGUGUCUUCACCGGCAAUGUGCGGCUCAUCAUCCUCUCCAGUUUCACAAAUAUACGCAUCAAAUAUCGGGAGUUAAGUGAAGGGUAUUUAAAGCCGCUGAAGAAGGAAUUAACAUUGUUGGCCGGUUACCGCGUGGCCAGCCGCUCUGAGGUCAGAGACCACGAUGACGUCUGCGCCAUCUGCCUGGCGCGCAUGUCGUGUGCGCGCAUAACGCAGUGCCAACAUUUCUUCCAUGCUGAUUGCUUGCGUCGCUGCCUCAAGGAAUCCCACAAGUGUCCUAUAUGCCAGUAUAAUAUAUGA